CGGCUCUAUGCCGACGGCCUCCCGCCACCGCGCCGUCGGCAAACCCCGGCUACAAUCUGCAAUCCCCCCCAAACCCUACACAGCCCGGCUUACCCCUCCCAUCCCCCACUUGCGUCUCCAUCCUCUCCGCCCUCUUCCACUCGCGCCGCCGCUCGUCCCUGCGUCCGAGCCUGCCGUUUAGGAAGGUCGCGCUCGGAUCGCAGGUCGGAACAAGAGAAACCGGCCGGCACUCAGGGAGGGUCGGCCCGGCGACGAUGGCGGAAGACCGAAGCUGGAUGUACACGGGCCGCCAGAGCAGGAAGAAGUUCACCCCCGAGUGGCUGGAGAAGACGACCGAGUUCCUGGAGCGCGCCUUCCGCAUCCUCCCGCCGGGGCGCCAGGCCGUGCUGUGCCCCUGCGCUCGCUGCCAGUUCAGGCUGUACAGACCGAAGGACGAGAUUCAGCUGCAUCUGUUCAAGAACGGGUUCGCGCCAGGGUACACGGUGUGGGUGUACCACGGCGAGCGCCACAACCCCCAGCCUGCAAAGCCUAAGCCGUCCGACGACCACCCCAAAGAGAAUGGCGAUCUCGACGGGAAGAAGGAUGGCGCCGGCGGCGGCGAGCAAGUGCCGAAACCGGCGCAGGGGACGAAGAAGUGGGCGUGCGCAAGCGGCAAGCCACCAAAGAAGGAUCAGCUGUGGGCACGGGCUGCGGCGCAGGGAGAGGGAGGCCCGGCGGCGACGGCGGAGGACCGCAGCUGGAUGUACACGGGCCGGCAGAGCAGGCAGACCAUCACCCCCGAGUGGGCGGAGAAGACGACCGAGUUCGUGGAGCGCGCCUUCCGCGGCGUCCCGCCGGACUAUGGCAUGCUGUGCCCCUGCGCGCGCUGCCGCAACCGCAACAGGAUACCGAGGACCAAGUUCGACAUGACGAUGGAUCUGGGCAGGAACGGCUUCAUGCCAGGGUACACGGUGUGGGUGCACCACGGCGAGGGCCCCAACCCCCAGCCUGCCAAGCCGUCCGACGCCCAUGGGAAGAAGGAUGGCGGCGGCGGCGGCGAGCAAGUGUCAAAACCGCAGGAGACUAAGGAGUGGGAGAUUUCCCAUCUUGAGGCGUAUGCAAGAGGCCGUCUACCAAAGGGGACUAGUCAAAUGGAGUGGAGCUACCAGAAAUACCUGUGGGAGCAAAAGAAAGCCAAGCUGCAACAGGAACAGAGUGAGCCAAAGGCAAAGAGGCUGCUCACGUUUGCUGAAGAGGAAGGGAGCAAUGUCGACGUCCCUGAACCUGAAGUUGAAGAUACAGCAACGACAACAGCUGAUGCUCCUGUAGCUAAUCCGGCAAUGACAGCAAACGCCGGUGGAGUUCAGAUCCCAGCUGGACCGACUGCUCGUCAGGCAGGCCCGCCCGGGUGGUAUUCAGGUUCAGAUUGGGUCCAUUGACCCAUGUAACGGCUACCUAGUUUAAAUAGCCCCCUUUAGCCGCUGCUGUACUCCGCGGAUAAGAAAUGGGCGGCUAAGGCUCCCCGCAUGGCUCCACCGCUUCCCCACCACUACCGGAGCCGGAUUAGAUCUUCUCUACCUCGCCACCGCCGUUUGUGUGUUGUGCGUGCCUUGCGUCUGUGUUGGGCUUGUUGUGCUGUGCCCACAGCUGAACCCGUGUAGUGUUUGUGUGCGUGUGUGUUGGACCUUGUCUGCGGUGGCGUUGUGUGUGUGUUGUUCGGUUGGUACCUUGUUAAUUGUGUGCUCGGUGGUUGCUUUAUUUAUAAAGCGGGGUG